CGCCAUUGGUAGGACUCACGGAAAAGGGAAAGGGAGGGGAUGGAGCCGCUGGGAGCUCAGACAUUUUGGGACUCUGGACUGGAAGCGGCUAGAACGGUCUCCGGGCUGCGCAUCCUGCAUAUUUGACGCUCCGUGGAGAUGCCUAGCCGAGGUGCGCGACCCGAGGACGGCUCCGGGCUGGUCCCUACCGACAACUCGACCCAGCACAAGGAAGAUCUUAGCAGCAAGAUUAAAGAACAAAAAAUUGUUGUGGAUGAACUUUCUAACCUGAAGAAGAACAGGAAAGUAUAUAGGCAGCAACAGAACAGCGACAUAUUCUUUCUUGCAGACCGAACAGAAAUGCUUUCUGAAAGCAAAAAUACAUUGGAUGAGCUGAGGAAAGAAUACCAAGAAAUAGAAAACGCAGAGAAGACCAAAAUCAAGAAAUAGUCAACUUGAUUUUACAUAGCAAUGUGUGGCAUUUGUUGUGCAGUAAGCUUCUCUGUUGAGCAUUUCAAC